AUGGCACGCGUCGCUUUGAUAACUGGAGGGACAAGCGGAAUCGGCUUCGAUGUCGCCAAAGAGCUCAGCAAAUCCGGCACCUGGCAGGUCAAUAUCAUCGGCAGCAACGACGCCCGCGGCCAAGAAGCAGCAGCGCUCCUCCCCAACACGCAUUUCUUCCAAGCCGAUGUGCGCAGCUACGCGCAGCUGGCCGGUGUAUUCAAUGCUAUCUUCGAAACGUCCCACCGCUUGGACUUUGUCUUUGCGAACGCGGGUAUUCCUGAAGAAGCCCUCGACUUCUACGCCCAGCACGACGCGGCUACGGACGCCAUACCACCCGAACCACCUCUGGAUCCAGUCAAGGUCAAUCUGGAUGGAGUCCUGUAUACCAGCUAUCUGGCUAUGCAUUACUUCCGGCGAUCGCCGGAAUCCACCAAAGGAAGCCGAGACCUUCUCCUGACUGCUAGCAUCGGCGGCUUGUAUCCCUGCUUGCUGACACCUAUGUACUCGGCAUCAAAACACGCAAUCGUCGGCUUUACUCGCUGCGUCGGAAAGCAAUUCUUUGCUGAAGGCGUGCGCGUGAAUUCCAUCUGCCCUGGCGUCGUCAAAACCCCACUCCUCACGGAGAACCCGGACCUGAUUGCUCAUUUUCCGAGUGAAACGCUCAUCCCUAUCGAAAGAGUGACGGAGAUUGUUAUGCAGUUGAUAUCGGGAUCUGCAGUGGAGGAUACACAAGGCAGGCGGGUGGACGCGGACGAAAUGCACUCGCGUGCUGUUCAUAUCACAGGUCAGGGGUUUUAUUUUACGGAAAUGCCAGACCUGCAUGAUGGGUCAGCGAGGAAUACGUGGAGCAAAAUGAUGGGAGGCUAG